UAACUACUCCGUAUACGUCUCAUCAAUCCUUCAAUUUAAAUCUUCAUUCACAAAAUAAAAGGAUUAGACUUGAAAAAUUUUCGACUGCAAUAAUCCUCAAGCACCAUGGCGGAUAUAUCAGGAAAAAGUGUAAGAAAUACUAAGCAUAUCCAGCUCUUAUUCUGAGGAUCUUUCUAAUUUGUUGUCCUUCAUAGAACAAGUCUUUCGUUCUCGAAAAGCCUUUUUCCGUGAAAUUCGAAGAACGCCCAGUUCCCAAGCUCGAAUCUGAACACGAUGUCCUCAUUGCCAUAAACUAUACCGGUAUCUGUGGAUCAGAUGUUCAUUACUGGGUUGAGGGAGCCAUUGGUCCUUUUGUUGUGAAAGAUCCCAUGGUAUUAGGCCAUGAAUCCGCAGGUACAAUCGUCAGCGUGGGCUCAGCCGUCAAAACUCUCCAGGUUGGCGAUCGUAUAGCCCUUGAGCCCGGUUAUCCAUGUCGCCGUUGUCCUGCCUGUCUUUCCGGUCACUACAACCUCUGUCCCGAAAUGCACUUUGCGGCCACUCCUCCAAUCGACGGAACUCUUGCUGGAUUUUACUCAUCUCCAGCAGACUUCUGCUAUAAACUUCCCGAGCACGUCUCACUCCAAGAAGGUGCUUUAAUGGAACCUCUUGCCGUAGCAGUUCACAUCUGCAAACAGGCUAUUAUCACUCCAGGCCAAUCUGUUGUGGUAAUGGGAGCAGGCCCUGUCGGCCUGCUAUGUAUGGCAGUAGCUCGCGCAUACGGAGCAUCCACCAUUGUCGCAGCUGAUAUCCAACCCACUCGUCUCGAAUUUGCGAAAUCCUUCGCUGCCACUCAUACCUUCACCCCUCAGCGAGUUUCUGCCGCAGAAAAUGCAUCAAAUCUGAAAUCAGAGGUUGGACUGCCAGAGGGUGCCGACGUUGUAAUUGAGUAAGCUUAAUCCAAUCUCCAAAAUCUUUUCCUAACUACCUAAUUUAAUCCUCAUUGUCAACUACAACUUUGUGAUUCCACAUACACCACUUUUACUUUCCAACAUGAUUUUACUCUUCUACAUCCUUAUUUUCCUCCAAAACCAUUCUUGGCUGGCAUUACUAACUCUUCGAUCUUACAGUGCGUCAGGAGCAGAACCAUCCAUUCAAACGUCUAUAAAUGUCGUACGCCGCGGAGGAACAUAUGUCCAAGGUGGAAUGGGCAAACCAGACAUCAAUUUCCCAAUUAUGGAGUUGUGUACCAAGGAAAUUACAGCCAAAGGAAGUUUCAGAUACGGAAGUGGAGAUUACGCUCUUGCAGUGGAACUGGUGAGCAGUGGAAAGGUGGAUGUGAAAAGGUUGAUUACUGGAGUAGUCCAGUUUGAGGAUGCAGAGGAGGCUUUCAAGAGUGUGAAAGAAGGAAAGGGCAUCAAGGUCUUGAUCAAGGGUCCAAAUGAAAAGUGAAUAUUAUGAACGUUGUAAUGCAUGGAGCAGGAGUCGGUGUUUUUGGGUGAUGAAGGGGCAAUGAUGGUGGGUGGGGAGGUACGGGGAUUCAAAGAUACCCGAUCUGAAUGUGCCAGAAAUGAUGAAACAUACGGUCCUCCUGACUUUUAGCAAGUGUAUUAUUGUAUCUAAGUAAUCGAUUGAAUCAAUGUAUGUACUCUGUCGUCUGUCCUCGAUGCAUUCUUCACUAGACUGUGUUGAGUGGUGUUCGGCCCCCUACC